CAGAGCUCGAGUGUGCAGCGGUCCUGUGCACAAAACAAACCUUACCAAGGGCUUUGAAACUUAUUUUUUUCACACUUUAUAAUUAGUUUUCCACAUUUAAAUUGUCCUGAAAUGGCAGCCGAUGAGUAUCAACAACAUAACAGUAUCAACAGUACCCACGAUUACGAUGAGAAAAGACCACUUUUGAGGAGCGGUCGAGAUGACAUUGGGGACGGAGGAGACGAUGUAGAGUUGACGGGGUGCGCGGGGGCCUGCAAGGUCUGUGAUCCCCGGAGCGCCUGGCAUCGCUACACCUUCGUCCUUGCGCUCGUUUGCCUCCUAAGUUUCGGGAGUUAUUAUUGUUACGACACCCCAUCUGCACUAGAGGACAUUAUAAAAGAGGAUCUGAAUGUAAACACAUCUCAAUAUGUGUUGUUGUACUCACUUUACUCCUGGCCAAAUGUCAUCCUCUGCUUCUUUGGUGGAUUUCUCAUUGAUAAAGUCUUCGGCAUCAGAGUUGGGACCCUUGUGUUUGGUGGCUUCGUACUUGCAGGACAGUGUGUUUUUGCUCUUGGAGCCUUACUUGAUAACUUCACAUGUAUGCUUGCGGGUAGAUUUAUCUUCGGGCUUGGGGGUGAGAAUUUGGCCGUAGCGCAGAACACCUACGCAGUGACAUGGUUCAAAGAGAAGGAGCUGAACUUAGUGUUUGGUCUACAACUCAGCUUCUCAAGAAUAGGCAGCACCUUAAACAUGAAUGUAAAUAAGCCCAUCUAUGACACAUUCAACACAGAUCUGGAGCCAUAUACACGUCUUGGAUUGACUCUUUACGUAGGUGCAGCAAUGUGUUUGUUCUCGGUAAUCUGCGGCAUAAUCAUUGGUCUCCUUGACUACAGAGCUGAGAAAGUACUCAAAAGAGAGAGUGCAAGUACAGGUGAUGUCAUCAAAUUAUCGGACGUGAAAGAUUUCCCACUCACUCUCUGGUUGAUCUUCUUCAUCUGUGUCUUCUACUACGUGACUGUCUUCCCGUUCAUUGGUAUCGGGCUGGUGUUCUUUGAGGAGAAAUAUGAGCUGAGUGCCGCCUCGGCCGGCAUCGUCAACAGCCUGGUAUACUUCAUCUCAGCAGGAGCCUCUCCGUUCUUUGGACUCGUUGUUGACAAGACGGGCCGUAAUGUCUUCUGGAUAACCUUGGGUACUGUCAUCACGCUUGCCUGUCACAUGAUGUUAGCGUUCACCUUCAUCUCUCCAUUUAUCGUUAUGAGCAUCAUGGGAGUGGCCUAUUCUAUCUUGGCGUGUUCUCUGUGGACCUUGGUUGCAUUCAUCAUGCCUGAACACCAACUUGGAACAUCGUUCGGCUGCAUGCAGUCCAUCCAGAACCUCGGACUUGCUGUGGUCACUAUCAUCAUAGGAAAAAUAGUGGACACAAGUGGCUAUCUCAUGCUAGAAGUCUUCAUGUGUGCUUGUCUGUGUGUGACCAUCGUGUUCUGUGUGUUGCUGUACCUUGUAGACGCGGCACGUGGAAGCGGCUUAAAUCUGUCAGCCAAGGACAGGAAACGGCUCAGAGAAACAAAAGAAAUAGGCAAAGAUAAAUAAAGGAAUGGUAUAGUAUUACAGACUGGAGGAACUGGUCAAUAGUAUGAACUAAUUUAAUGUGCUUUUGUGAUGAAAUUUAUACAAUGAAUUGGUUAAAGAUACUUUCAUGCAUUUGAACCGAUGAGAAAUAAAUUCUGAGAUUUGAACUUUGAUUUGCUAAGCAACUCCAAGCAAAGCUUCGACCCAGAUAGGCUCUACUCCUGAAUAGACUGGUUCUUUGCAGCAAUAAGUUUUUUGUACUGAAAUUUUGUAUAGAGAAGAUGGGGAACCCAAUCGCUAUCUUGAUUAAAACCUGAUUGACUAGUAUUGACUGCAGACCAGGGCCUUUCAGCGCUUUGCUUAAUACCACUGCUUGCUGUCCGUAGAAGCAUGCGCUUCACAGGAUGAUGUAAGCGCCGAAUGCUGUGGUAAGCAGUGUCUUGAAAUUUGUCCCAGAUGCGUUUAUUCUAUAACAGUUUUAAUUCCUGUGCGUGCUUAAACUAAACUCACAUCAUUUGGCGCUUCUCCUAUAAUUGAAAUGGUUUGCACCAUUAACAAAAAGCAAAGCUCAAUCUGAAAUAAAAGUACAACAAAAUAAUUACUUAGAGGAUGUUCGAUCCUGGUUUUGUAUAAAUUGCCGAUGCUGAUGACAAUGUACUUCUCUCGGAAAUCUCAGACAGAUAAAUUUACUCCUGCAAAAUUAGCCUGAACAAAACAGAAUCACAUCUUGCACUGCAAACUGUGGCUUCAGUGUUGCAGUCCGGCAGUUUUAAGCUUAGCUCAGAGAACAGCAUGAACCUCAAUCACGCCUUUUGAAAUGUGGCUCUUCAUGAAAACAUUGACAAAAUGCGUUAUCUUUAUGCUGUCCAAGGACUUUAGACCCCUUGCAUAACGCAAAACUGUUCAUGCUGAGCUCACACACAUUUUUGUAUGCACAAAGAACAGCUAUCGUCCAAUAAUUUGUCUUCUUUGACCCCAGGAGAGGGCACUUUUUGAGCUAGAGCAUGUGACAUCACAAGCGAGGGGUCCAGAGGUCACUCCAUUUAGCCCCACCCACUAUAGAAUUUUUCUAUCAUUCAUGCCCAUGUGGGUAACAAGUACAACACAUUGAAACUGCCAGCUUCCUGCCAGAUGAAUCUUUGACCUCUCAUGUCAUGAAUACCGAGUGUGUACACAGUUCAGAGUUGCAUGACCUGGGGCCAAUUUUACAUUAGAUUUGAUGCUUAGUGUGUUAUUUCCAUUUUAUAGCGCAGCUUACCGUAAGCACGGAAAAAGGCAUGCUAAGUCCAGAUUAGAAUUAGUGUCUACAUCUAGGGCUACGGCUGUUGCUAAGGGUGUUGCUAAGGACGUCGUAUACCUCAACGCAUGACGCGGAAAUCUAGCCA